GUGAGCCAAGAAAGGGAAAAGGAUAGUAAGACUACUCCUGUAGUUGAUCAGGUCUCUGGAAAAGAUGGAAAAGUAUACAGAAUCGAAAAUGGAAUGGUUAGAAAUCAGUGUGAGGAACUGGCGAGGAAAUUGACAGACCACUGGAGUCAACAAAGCGAAUUAUUCAACUUCAGAGAUAUCAGGACGAGUACAAAGCAGACUGCUGGAUUACUGGAAUUAAUUAUUUGUCGUUCAUUUAAUACAUUUUGCUGCUAUAAUUUUCACUUGGCUUGCAUUUUGGUAUGGGCUUUCGGGCCCUCUCUCUGUUUAUAGCAGUUCAGUUAUUGCUUUGUUUUACUGCUAUGGGAAGAGUUUUAAGAUAUGUUCAUGCAUUCAUUCUCAUGUAGCUUCAAUUUAUUUGAUCUGUUAGAUUGUGGAUCAACUCCUUAAACGGACUGAAUCUCUGGAGGGCCAGUCCAACGGGGAUUUUGCCAAGUACAUUGCCUUGUCUAUGGCUGAAAGUGUUGCUCGAGGAAGGCUUCGUUUUUAGACGCUGCAGUUAAAGGCCUCCGCCCUUGCCUUCAAGCUUCAACUGGGAUAUUUCAAGCGUACUUUCUGGCACUUUUCUCAGAUAUAGAUUACACCAAGGUGUUGGACAGCCUUGCUAAGGUCGACAAAGCCCAUAAGAAGGCGGCCCCUGCACCCUUCCAAGCUUUCACCCUAACCAGUUGAGAUGCUUUUCCUUUGGCAUCCUUGUGGAAACGGCAGCUAAUUGUUUCAGGAGACAACAGCAGGCACAGUAUGCCCCUUAUUAUAAACCUGUUGGUCGUGGUCACAAUAAUUAAUUCCCUGUGCUAUUGGAAUAAUAAAGAUCUCAUGCAUGUCACUCUUUUAGUUUUUUUUGCUUUGGUCCCUCCACUCUAGGAAUGGCAGUUUUAGAACGGGAGUUUUAAUCACUCGCAGAUUACCAGGGCUCCAUGCUGCCAUUCCCUGAGUGCAGUCAAGUCUACCCUUUAGCGUUCUCAUACUCCCUCUUUGUUCUUAUCCUCGUUUCAGCCUCAUUUUGAGCACCUCUGUGUUAGUCGUUUUUCCUUUCCAGACCAGGAGUUAUCAGAGAACUUUGGCCCACUGUGCUACUCUGCUCCCGGGUAUGCCUUUAGAUGUGACUCAGGGCAUAGCAGCCCUUGAUAACUCACAUGUUUAUCCUUUGUCUGUUAACUAUGUCCUUAGUGGCUCCAAAGCAGCAGAUGUCUCAAUGCUCACUUUUAGAGACCCAGAUGCAUUUGUGGCCGGUUGUAUCCAAAGUUACCUUCCUUCAGGCCAAACAUUGCUGCUGUCACCUGUUACGACCGUGCGCAGAACGUCCUCAUGUGGAUUGAGCAUAGGGUUGUCGUUCACCAGGUUUUUGUUUUCCUUAGGGGAGGUUACAAGUGACAGUCUUACAAUUCUGGUCUCUCUCCUCAUCGGGUUUUCUAUAAUUCAAUUUCCUGUAAACCCUUUGUUAGAUUUAUAUCGUGCACUAUACUUGAUACAUUAGCUACUGGGGCUAUCUCUGUUUGGGAAGAGGUCAGUGUGGAAAUCCCCUGACUUCAUUUAUCAUUCUAUUGGUCUUCUUGCCUUGCGUUACUUUUGCAGUGUCUCUAUUCCUUGUUCUAUGUACUUAGAUGAAUGCAGAGGAGAGCUUAAGUGACCUUUACAGACUCCUGUAAGCAAGCUUUCCUUCUCCUUCUCUUUUCUGAUUGAAAUUCUGCAACAAUGCUUCAGGAGACGACAGCAAAUCAUUUCAGUGCACAUGGUGGAAAUCCUCAAAAUACCAACAAGUACCAAGGAUUGUCUGUCUUGGCUCCAUUUCGUUUAAAUUGAAAGUAACACCACCAAAGAAGUUUGGAAAAUCCAAGAUUUAAUCAAACUCAUUAGAAUUGAAAUGGAAACUCGAGAGGCAAGCGAAGGAAACAGAGUCCAUAGAGAUCCAAGUAAUCGUCUGUCCUCAAACAACAACCAACGACCACAGAACAAAUCUAAGGAAAUCCCACCUUCUACUCUCUACUCAAGGCAAAAUGAGAAAUUCCGAAUUCGUUGGUUAUAUUGUGGAGAGCAUCAUUAUUACGCAGACAGGAAAUUAUCCGACAGAAGAGUCAUUGUUUUAUUUGUUUAUGACCUGAUCAUAGAUUGCCAUAUUGUACAAAUAUUAAGAAGUGCCGAAACUGCAACUCAUCAAAUCAUCAUCAAUCCACAUGUGACCGAAACGAGAAAAACAAAAAACAAGAGCCCCACUCGUCUUGUACUACUGAACAGUGUACUGAAAGACCCACCGAAUGAAGCAACACAACUGUCUUUACCCAGUUUAUUCGACAAUGGUAGUCAGUGCUCAUAUGUAACGGACACCUUGAAAUCGCAACUAAAUCUUGAACCUUUAUAUGAAGAAACACUGCAUUUGAACACUUACGGAGAAUAA